UGUAUGUACAUACACAAUCUAUUGUUUGGACCCCAAUUCUACUUCCGACCCCUAAUCACCCAUCUCCGCCCUCCUCUGGAGACCCUCUCUUCUUGGAGCCAACACCGAUGGCUGCCGCCGACGCGCCACCGAAACCCCUUCCUCCGUCCCCCGCCGACCCUGACGACGAUGAUGACUACCAGGAUUACAUCCCCGUCAAUAAGCGCCGUUCCAUGGAGGCCCAGAAGAUCCUCCAGCGCAAGGGCCGCUCUGCAUCCGCCGGCGAUGCCGACGCGGACGAAGCCAACCACCCGCCGGCCCCCACCGAGGCCAAGCCGAGUCUACUCGUCAAGGCUUCCCAGCUGAAGCGCGACCUGCCGGAGGUCAGCCCCACCGAGCAGCUCGUCCAGCAGGAGAAGGAGAUGAUUGAGCACCUCUCCGACCGCAAGACCCUAAUGUCCGUCCGCGAGCUAGCCAAGGGCAUCACCUACACUGACCCCAUCCCCACCGGCUGGAAGCCGCCGCUGGCCAUCCGCCGUAUGCCCGCCCUCCAUGCCGACGCCAUCCGCCGCCAGUGGCACAUCCUUGUCGAGGGCGAGAACGUGCCGCCCCCUAUCAAGAACUUCCGCGAUAUGCGCCUUCCGGAGCCCGUCCUUAAGAAACUGAAAGAGAAGGGGAUCGUUCAGCCGACACCGAUACAGGUGCAGGGGCUGCCGGUGAUCCUUUCGGGGCGGGAUAUGAUUGGGAUCGCAUUCACCGGAUCGGGAAAGACACUGGUUUUUGUGCUUCCAUUGAUUAUGACGGCAAUGCAGGAGGAGAUCAUGAUGCCAAUCGUGCCCGGUGAGGGUCCCUUUGGGCUCGUUGUGUGCCCUUCGAGAGAGCUUGCAAGGCAGACCUAUGAGGUUGUGGAGCAGUUCCUGGCUCCGCUGCGGGAGCAUGGUUGCCCGGAGCUGAGGCCGCUGCUAUGCAUUGGUGGGGUUGAUAUGAGGUCGCAGCUGGAGGUGGUGAAGAAAGGGGUGCAUAUUGUUGUGGCCACACCAGGGAGAUUGAAAGAUUUGCUUGCAAAGAAGAAGAUGAAUCUUGAUAAUUGCAGGUACUUGACAUUGGAUGAGGCUGAUAGGUUGGUAGACUUGGGCUUUGAGGAUGACAUAAGGGAGGUCUUUGACCAUUUUAAGGCUCAAAGACAAACUUUACUCUUCUCUGCCACCAUGCCCAAAAAGAUCCAAAAUUUUGCAAAAAGUGCUCUGGUGAAACCUGUUACAGUCAAUGUGGGAAGAGCUGGAGCAGCAAACCUUGAUGUCAUUCAAGAGGUUGAGUAUGUGAAGCAAGAAGCAAAAAUCGUAUAUCUUCUUGAAUGCCUCCAAAAGACACCGCCCCCUGUCUUGAUUUUUUGUGAGAACAAAGCAGAUGUGGAUGACAUUCAUGAGUAUCUUCUUCUCAAGGGAGUUGAAGCCGUCGCAGUUCAUGGUGGCAAGGACCAAGAAGAAAGAGAAUAUGCUAUUGCAUCCUUUAAAUCUGGCAAGAAGGAUGUGUUGGUUGCUACUGAUGUUGCUUCCAAGGGUCUUGAUUUUCCCGACAUCCAGCAUGUGAUUAACUACGACAUGCCUGCUGAAAUUGAGAAUUAUGUCCAUCGUAUUGGCCGAACUGGGAGAUGCGGUAAAACAGGAAUAGCAACAACAUUUAUAAACAAGAACCAAACUGAGACGACACUGCUUGACUUGAAGCACCUAUUGCAAGAAGCAAAGCAAAGAAUUCCGCCAGUGUUGGCAGAGCUCAACGACCCAAUGGAAGAUGGUGAUGCUCUUACCAGUGCUAGUGGAGUUAAAGGUUGUGCAUACUGUGGUGGGCUUGGUCAUCGUAUCCGAGACUGCCCCAAACUGGAGCAUCAGAAAUCUAUGGCUAUUGCAGGUUCAAGAAGGGACUACUUUGGUUCAGGAGGCUAUCGAGGCGAAAUAUGACCCUGCUUCUUUCAUCUAUAUGUACUGGGAAUCACUAUGACAUUUCGGCUAGCGAACAGGUGCUUAUCAAAGUUUAGAUGUCUAAAAAACCAGACAAAAAUCACAGUAACCAGAGAUUAGAACCCAUCUUGAAACUCGCAGUGCCAAACUAUGUUGGGCUGGAUGGUCUCUCAUUCCUUUGCUGUUAGCGCGCAAUGUAUCAGCUGUUAAUUUUGUUUGGGCUGUAUCAGUUAUCUUAGCAUAAUGGAAACAUUAUAAUGGUAAACAUCGACAUGAAUGCAAUUAGUGAGAGUUUUGUAAGAUAGUAAUAUUUGUGAGAUUAAUUUAUUAACUGAAGCCCAUCGAAUGUUCAUCA